CCCUUCCCGGCGGGCUCAGCGCCGGCUGAUGGCGGCGGCGGCGGCGCCGGGACGGUUUUAAAUUGAAGAGAAAAUGUCACUUUACGAUGACUUGGGGGUUGAGACCAGCGAUUCUAAAACAGAAGGCUGGUCCAAGAAUUUCAAACUGCUGCAGUCGCAGUUGCAGGUGAAGAAAGCAGCUCUCACACAAGCAAAGAGUCAGAGGACAAAACAAACCACAGUUCUUGCUCCAGUGAUUGACCUGAAACGAGGCAGCUCCUCUGAUGAGAGACAGAUUGUGGACACACCCCCUCAUGUAGCAGCUGGGCUAAAGGAUCCUGUCCCUAGUGGUUUUUCUGCAGGAGAUGUGUUGAUUCCCCUGGCAGAUGAAUAUGAUCCCAUGUUCCCAAAUGACUACGAAAAGGUGGUGAAACGUCAGAGAGAGGAACGGCAGCGGCAGCGGGAGCUGGAGAGGCAGAAGGAGAUUGAAGAGAGAGAAAAAAGGCGUAAAGACAGGCAUGAAGCCAGUGGGUUUUCAAGACGACCAGAUCCAGAUUCUGAUGAAGAUGAAGAUUAUGAAAGGGAGAGACGGAAAAGAAGUAUGGGAGGAGCUGCCAUUGCACCACCCACUUCUCUCGUGGAGAAGGACAAAGAACCUGUAGCAUCAUUCCCAUAUGAGGAGGAGUCAAGACCUCGGGCACCUUCUUCCAAAGCAGCAAUUCCUCCCCCAGUGUAUGAUGAGCCAGAGAGACCUCGUUCCCCCACAGGACCCAGCAACUCCUUCCUGGCCAACAUGGGGGGGACAGUAGCUCACAAAAUCAUGCAGAAGUAUGGUUUCAGAGAGGGCCAGGGGCUGGGCAAACAUGAACAGGGGCUCAGCACAGCACUGUCAGUAGAGAAAACAAGCAAGAGGGGUGGCAAGAUCAUUGUUGGUGAAUCUACAGAGAAAGAAACGGGCAAGAAGGCGGAUUCCAACCCCUUAACUGAGAUCCUGAAAUGCCCAACUAAAGUGGUCUUACUGAGGAACAUGGUUGGUGCUGGGGAGGUGGAUGAAGACCUUGAAGUUGAAACUAAGGAGGAAUGUGAGAAAUAUGGCAAGGUUGGGAAAUGUGUCAUCUUCGAGAUCCCUGGUGCCCCUGAUGAUGAAGCUGUAAGAAUAUUUUUAGAGUUUGAACGGGUUGAAUCUGCCAUCAAAGCUGUUGUGGAUCUAAAUGGAAGAUAUUUUGGAGGCAGAGUGGUGAAGGCUUGUUUCUACAACCUGGACAAGUUCAGAGUGCUGGAUCUGGCGGAACAAGUUUGAUUUUAAAAAUCUAGCUCGAGGUGUCAUUGUUUUGGCAAUCACGUUUUCAGCAGUAGGCUGGGAAUAAAGAAGAGAAAAGUAGCUUUCCUAGCAGACUGGAAACAAGCCUCAUUGAAUGGAUUUUACACAUUCGUUGUGACUUAUGUUUUUUUGUAAUAUAAAGCCCUUUGAAAGUAAGAUUCACGUCUGUGUGGUUUUGAAUUGCACAUUUCUGCUUUCUGCUCUGGGGAUCCUGGUUUUUUUUGAGCUUUCAGAUGACCUUGCUCUGUUGAAAACCCACUGCUGAGGAGAUGCUUUGUCUGUAUUCCUGCUUUCUUUGUUCUGGUGCUUCAUCAUGGAGUCCCUGUGCUGGAUCCACAAUAAGUGUGAAGCUUUGGACAAGGACUGUGUGCUAUGAUCUUCUCUUGCCUGAUGGUCUCUCCUAGAGUUAGAGCCUUGCUCUCCUGAGUCCUCAUCUCUGCACCAGUGAUUUGGAUCAUUGGACAGAUUUAGCUGGUUUGUUCUCCUGAUUCCAGGACAAAGCUUCUGUGCCAGAAUGGAAACUAAAAUAACAAGGAUUGAGCCUGUCUUCACAAAGCAAAUGAAAAUUUAUGUCUAAUCCAGGGAAAUGGAAAGAGGAGAGAAUUUAAUGGACUGUUAGCAGGAACUCUGUGGUGUUGGGCAGUCUGUGCUGGGAAUAUCCAGGGAUAACAGAUUUCAGGUCAUUAGUAGGGAGAAGGGAAACUCAUUCUUGUAUCUAGCCAGCUGUCAGAAUCUCACUUCUCUAACUCACACAUAGGCAACUAACUUUGUUUAACCAUUUUAAACUUGGCAUUUGCUCUUUCUGUUUAUAUUUCUAUACUUGAGAUCAAAUACCAUCAGGGUUAGGCUUUCUUUUGGGAAGGAGUGCCUGUGGAAGUUUUCAAAGUUUGACAAACUAAACUACUAAACACUUCUACUCUUAGUUUUACCUUGAUGUAAAAUAGUACACAGCUCUCUGCUCCUGGUUUUAUGUUUGCUUUUUGUUUGGGAGCAGAGUGUGACAAAGAGUUGGCAAGAGGGGACUCUGCAAUGGUGGCAUUUGUCUCUGUGCCCCAUGGCACCCAGAAUUGUGGAGAACUGAAGUGGCUGUGAGCCCUGAGAGCAUUUUAGCUGUUUGAAAGCUGAUGCUGGAUGUCUUGUUCCUGUUACACACAUGCACUGGGGGAAGGGGGACAGACCUGUAGUUCAAUGCUGUGAAUAUCUCCAGUUCUUGCCCUUUUGUUGAGUUUUGGCUGCAGAUUUCUAUGACAAACCCUGGGGGUCUUGUAUUUUGGUUAUUUUGUCUGCUUGUGUUCCACCAACCUCUGUACAAACAUUUGCUUGUAAAACAGAUUUUUUUUUUUUAAAUGGUAUUU